GAAACAUUGGGAAGGUAUAUAUAUGUACCAUACAUAUAUGUUCUACGUUCGGACGUGCUUGAGAUCAGGAAGCUUAUGGCAUAAUUUGAAGCUCUGAGGAACACUAUCAGAACUACAUCAAAGGUUGUUUACAGGUACAGAUCUUGAAAUUAGUUCUACUAUUGGUCAAGACUCAAGAGGACAAUCAAAUAUACCUAAUUAUUCUUCAAGGCAUUCUUUCAAGUCUGUCUCUACAUUUCCCAUGGAUUUCGAACCUCCAUUCCAAGGAGCCUGCAAGUCCCUCUUACAAAAUUCCCCAAUAAUUGACAAAUUUCCAGAGGUUGAGGAAUGUGAGCUACCUGUGAUUGAUCUUAUCGAUCUGGAUUCUGAUCACAGAAACAGAGACAAGUGUAUGAACGAGAUUGCUGAAGCUGCAAGCCAGUGGGGUUUCUUUCAAGUUGUGAAUCAUGGGAUUUCACCAGAAGUUCUGAACAGCAUACGAGAUGAGCAAAAGAAGGUGUUUCAUCAGCCUUUUGACAAAAAGAUAGAACAAAGAUUUUUGAAUUUAUCUCCCAUUAGUUACCGUUGGGGGAAUCCAAAAGCUACUUGUCUCCGGCAGUUCUCAUGGUCGGAAGCCAUUCAUAUUUCUAUGGCGGACAUUCCAAGCAUGAAUGAACAACACAAGAGUCUUAGGUCGACUAUUGAAUCAUUUGUGAAGAAUGUGUCUCAAUUAGCUGAAAGCUUAGCUGAAAUUUUAGCCCAGCCUUUGGGUGUCGAAUCCAGUUACUUUAAAGAUCACUGUCCACCAAGAACUAGUUUUCUUCGACUAAACAGAUAUGCUCCCUGUCCAUUUUCUUCCCAAGUCUUCGGCCUCUUCGCUCACACCGAUAGUGCUUUCCUAACAAUAGUUCACCAAGACCAAGUUGGUGGUUUGGAAUUGUUCAUAGAUGGAAGAUGGAUUGGAGUAAAACCUAAUCCUGAGGCUCUGGUUGUCAACAUUGGGGAUUUUUUUGAGGCCCUGAGCAAUGGUGUUUACAAGAGCAUCAAACACAGGGUGAUCACCAAUCAAAAAGUUGAGAGGUUUUCUGUGGCAUACUUCUACUGCCCCUCCUUCGAUACCGUGAUUCAGAGUCGCAGUACUACUGAACCAGCUGUGUUUAAGAGCUUCACUUUGCGGGAAUAUAAACAACAAACUGAAAGGGAUGUUCGCGAACUAGGGGAGAAAGUAGGGCUCCCCAGAUUUCUCCAUUAACGAAAGAAAUGUAAAAUCUCUUCUUCUGAGUUCCUAGUGCCUACUUGGGCUGAAGUUAUAUAUUUGGUUUCCUUGGUUGUAACACUUGGGCUUCGGUUUCUCUUUGGAGCUUUUGCA